CCAGGCCUAAGAUGCCUUGCCUGCUCUUGUUCCACCUGUUAGGAGUCUGGCUGCUACUGAGCCAAAUUUCCAGGGCAGAAAUGGAUAAGAGGGAGGACCUGAACCAAAUUAUUGUAGCAUGUGGCCGCCGACUAAUAAGCAUUCGGAUUGAGGUUUGCGGAUUGACGUCGUUCAGAGGAACUAAGAGCCAGACAGAGCACCAACCGGGAUCUGAACCACUCUCAGAAAUUGUACCAUCAUCUUUCAUCAACAAAGAUGCAGAAACUAUAAAUAUGAUGUCAGAAUUCAUUGCUAAUUUGCCACAGGAGCAGAAGGCAACACAGUCUGAGACGAAUCUACCUUUACCAGAGCUACAGCAAUAUCUACCCACAUUAAAGGAUUCAGAUAUUAGCUUUGAAGAAGUUAAGAAUAAUAUUCAUAAUAAACAACAUGAAGCGGAAGAUGACAGUCCUUCAGAAUUACAAUACUUAGGAUUGGAUACUCAUUCCCGAAAAAAGAGAGAGAACCAUAUGUCACCAUUGCAGAAAUGUUGUGAAAUUGGUUGUACAAAAAAAUCUCUUUUAAAAUUUUGCUGAAUUGAAGCUAAUUAUAUAUAUCUUAUCUAAUGUUCACAUGCAUUCUUUGUGACAUUUUCACUGAUGCCUCUGUCAGGUCCCACUGUUUAUAUGAAUAGGAGAAAUCUUUACUUGUAUUUUUAUUUUUCAUUUGGCAUGUGAAAACCAUUUCUUGUAUUAUGUAGUUUUUGUUAAUAAUAAUGUUUGUGCUGAGAAGUCUUUUUGUAUUCUUUAUUAACAAUAUGAUUACAUUGCUUUUUAAUUCUUUUAG